UUAACAGAAGGAACGACAACAAAUGUAUCCGGUUUGUAUUAAUUUCCGCUAUUCAAUCGUCAGUUGUGGCUGUGUGGUCUAAACAUUUAGAACGUGUGUUUUGAAGUGAAUUUUUGUGAUUGAAGGCAGGAUAAUGAGUGAGGUGCCAUGUAUAACUUACAUGGCACUGUACAUUCUUUCAUUCCAUAUACUUCAGAGCAAUUCAAGAACCUCAACUUUAUGGAAACUGAACAUCGAAGAAGGCAAAAUUGUGGAAGCUAGUCAUUUUCCCAGGAUUGUCACCUUGCCUGGAAUGUCCAGUGACCAUGUUACAGAUAGUGAUCAAAUAUUCAAUAUCAUAGCUUCAACAGUACAUUAUGGAAGAACCUGGACAAAACAGAGCAUGGAAUACUACUGUACUGAGUGUCAGGCCAUACACUUUAGUAUAAAUAAUAAAUUGGAAGGUAAAACAUUAGAACGAGGUAACAACAAAACUAAUUUAUUUCAAAAUGAAUGGAAUUCAAAAGCUACUUACUCUGAAACUACACAUCAAGUCAAUCAUGAAAGUGAUGAAUAUUUAGACUGUGGAAAAUCGGUUAAUUUUACAUAUUAUGACCUCCUAGUUGGGGUGGCAAAUAGACAUAAUCAUCCACAUGUACCUGAACCACAAGUAGCCAUGAUUUUCAAAAAGAAAGGCACAAAGAGUACAGAAUUUGAUGUCAGUGCACUAGAAAGAAAAUUAAAGAAAGCAAAGAGAGAGAAACCGAAGUCAGUCCAGCUUUAUAACCAACUAGGGAAUUUCUGGCGAAUAAAAGGUGAUGCUCAGAAAUCAAUUGAAUGCUUCAGGCGGGCACUUGCAGUUUCACCACAUAAUGCAGAAGUUCUGCUGAAUUUGGCUAGGGUGUUAUUUAACUUACAGUAUCUGGAUGAUGCCAUAUAUCUCACUAGAAGAUCUCUAGAAGUUCAACCACCUGAUAAGAAUGCUUGGCGACAGUACUUUACUUUAGGAGAAAUAUUCAAGGCUUAUGGCCACUAUCAGGAGGCAUCACUCCACCUCCGGCAUGCACUGGAGCUGAAACCUGCAUUUGAACCAGCUCUUGCAGCACUUAAAGACAUGGAGUCCAUACCAGAUACAACUAUUCACAUUUAUACUGUACUAAUCAUCAUAUGUCUGGUAUUGGGGGUACUCCUAGUAAUCUUGUCCUCUGUGGAUGGGAACAUGGAAUCAGAGUUCUCAGAAGUGAAGACGCAGCGCCACUUCAACCGUGCCAUGGCCAUGCGCAGUCUGAAGAUGGGCAUAUCACCUCGAGCACUCCGAGUUAAGCGUUAUGGUGGAGGAGGGAGUGGAGGUGGCAGCUGUGGGUGAAACAACUUUGUCGUGUGGCUAUUUGUAACACCACAAGGAUUACACUACAUAUUCUAAGCAGAUUCAACCAAAAGACAGCACUGUCACACCAGAUAUUUACAGAGUAAAAUAUUAUAUAGUUAAAUCACAAAUAUCUGGCAUUUUAGUUUGGGAUAAUUUAUCACUGACAGUUCUCAAACUGGAACCUACAUUUUAUAUCUCUAUACAUCAUACAAAGAUGAUUUAAAACAUGUAUUGUGUUUACAAACAAACAUCAGAUAUAAUUUAACAAAUAUAAUAUAUAUUUUCUUUGAUUUUUAAUAAAUUUAACAACCACUUCAA